GACGGCGUCGCGUCUUAUUUACUGCACACCAGUAAGCUCCGCUAAUUAGCCCCCAUUCACUCGGCCUGCUCGGCGGCGGCCACUUCGCGGAAUGUCGUACCGGAAAACUUUCAAACUUAUCUGCGGCUUCGCUGGAGGCUCUGCCGCGCUCGUGUUCGCGGCCGCGGCCGCCGAACCGCGCGGCUACUUCGGGGAGCACCGCGGAGAGGAGCCGAGGCGCCGGUGGGCGACGCUUGGCGUCCUCCACGCAGCGCAGCCGACUUGGACCCCCGGCAGCCACACGCCGGCCCCGACCGGACCCGGCUGGGACUUCAACUGGGACAAGAGAGACCCGUCUGCGCUGUGCAGCGACAGGAAGAAGGAGCGCGUGAGCGAGGACCCCGGCUCUGAGCAGGACAACAGCAAGCCCAAAGCCACGCGCCACAUCUUCCUCAUCCGCCACUCCCAGUACAACCUGAGUGGGAACGGCGACACGGAGAGGAUCCUCACGCCGCUAGGCCGGGAGCAGGCCGAGCUAACGGGUCAGAGGUUGGCAGCGUUGGGGUUGAAGUACGACGUUCUGAUCCACUCCAGCAUGACCAGGGCUACCGAGACGGCCCACAUCAUCAGCAAACACAUCCCAGGCGUGGAGCUGGUGAGCUGCGACCUGCUGAGAGAGGGGGCCCCCAUAGAGCCGGUUCCCCCCGUCACCCACUGGAAGCCGGACGCCGUGCAGUACCACGAAGACGGCGCGCGCAUUGAGGCAGCCUUCCGCCGCUACAUCCACCGGGCUGACCCCAAGCAGAAAGAGGACAGCUAUGAGAUCAUCGUGUGUCAUGCCAAUGUCAUCCGCUAUUUUGUCUGCAGGGCUCUGCAGUUCCCCCCUGAGGGCUGGCUGCGCAUGGGCUUGCACAACGGCAGCAUCACCUGGCUCACCAUCCGCCCGAGCGGCCGGGUGGCCCUCAGGACGCUGGGAGACGCAGGAUUCAUGCCUCCAGACAAACUGACCCGGACCUGAAGGAUCAGCGCCAAGCAGCUAUCAGGAAGGAGACGGCGUUCAGGGUUUAAUGUUUUUUUUUUUUGUUUUUUUUUCUCCUCAAGUGUCUUGAAAAUAAACUUUUGAUGAAUUCAUUUUACAACCAAGCAUCGCGAUGAGACUGCAUUAUGAUUACUUCCAUGCCAUCGCCAAGAGAAGUGACGAACUCCUGCUGAAUGUAAUCUGUGACUUUCACACGAGCGACUAGUUUUUAAACCAAAAAGGUCUAUUUAUCUAGUUAGCUGUCCAUGCAUUUUAUGCUGUUAGCUUAACAUAAUUACGUUUAACACAGGCAGGGAGGAGGGUGAUAAUGUUGUAUUGUGAUAAAUAAAUAUUUUUAAAUGUC